UUCUGCUUUCCGCUGCCGUUUUGCCUUUUCCCCUAAACAAAACCUCGAGGAACUUACCAGAAGCACAGACGAAAUAGAAGCAAAUACUUUUCAGUACGAUAGAGAUGUCGAAAACACUGGUACAGCCGAUAGGCCAAAAGCGACUUACGAAUGUCGCCGUUGUGCGUCUCAAGAAGCACGGUAAUCGGUUUGAAAUCGCCUGUUAUAAGAAUAAAGUCCUCUCAUGGCGUUCUGGCGUAGAGAAAGACUUGGAUGAAGUGUUGCAGUCACAAACUGUAUACUCAAAUGUGUCUAAGGGUGUACUUGCUAAGUCUAAAGAUUUGAUUGCUGCUUUUGGAACUGAUGAUCAGUCCAAAAUCUGCCUGGAGAUUUUGGACAAAGGAGAGCUGCAAGUUGCAGGAAAGGAGAGGGAAUCACAGUUUUCAAGCCAGUUCAGGGAUAUUGCUACUAUAGUUAUGCAGAAGACAAUCAACCCUGAAACUCAGCGUCCAUAUACAAUUAGCAUGAUUGAGCGGCUGAUGCAUGAAAUCCAUUUUGCUGUUGAUCCAAAUAGCAGCUCAAAGAAACAGGCACUAGAGGUCAUUCGGGAGCUUCAAAAGCACUACCCCAUUAAACGGGCUCCCAUGAGGCUGAGGAUACAUGUACCGGAACAGAGGAGCCCUUCCGUGUUGGACAAACUGAAGGAAUGGAAUGCCUCCAUUGUGUCAAGAGAAGAAUCUGGAAGUCAGCACUCCAUAAUUUGUGAGAUUGAACCUAGUCUUUUCCGGGACUGUGAUGCCUUGAUCAGGAAUUUACAGGGGAGGUUGGAAAUUCUUGCAGUCAAUGUACAUGUGGAAGGAGAUACCUUUGUUGAUCAGUACGAUGAUCACGAGGACGAGCCAUCAAGUUUACGGAAGGAUUCUACAGGUUCUGUCCUUCAGCUGAGUGAGAAAAUGCAAAAGCAGACCAUUUCUUCAGAAAGUGGCAAUUCUAGGGGAGAAGUAAAACUGAACAAACCUGCCACAACUGGGAGUUCCGAGGGUGAAGUAAAACUGAACAAGUGCACUACUUGCAACGCUGUUGUGGGAGAUUCAAAAGAAUACAGAGAGCAUUUUAAGAGUGACUGGCAUAAGCAUAAUCUUAGGCGAAAAACUAGGCAACUUCCUCCACUUACAGUGGAAGAAUGUAUGGCAGACCUGGAACUUGGAGACUCGAAGGCUGAUCUUAAAGAAUAUUCAUUUUAAGGUUGGAACAAUUUUCCUUGGCGACAACCUGCAUUUUAUAUGAUUGAAGACAUAUAUUCUACCUGGAAAGACUUGGAAGGAAAAAUAAUUUAGAGAAAUGCUGGCGAAGAAAAUUUACCAAUGAGUGAUUAUUUUGAAUUUUAUCAUAUUUAACAAUUGACAAAAGGUGAAAAAAAGACUAUCUAUAUCA